AAGCAAAGAGCAGCAGAAGCGAGUGCUGCAGUGGGAGCGGAGGAGCCCAAGCAUCACCGAGAGCUGGAGCCGGCUGUUAUCCCUGCUGGGAGCAACUGGGAGCACCCGGGGGAUCCUGCAGCCCUGUCUCCCACAGGAGACAGCCUCUGGCACUGCUACCGAGCCCACUGCCAGCCCCCGGAGAGCCGAGGAGAAGGGGCUGGUGGUUGCAGCACGCAGGGCUGGGCUGGAGGGCAGCGAGGUCAGCCCUGCUAUGGUCGCGGGGGGCUAGGAGCCUGUGUGGAUCCACCGGGAAGAGGUGAAGGAUGGCUGCCGAAGGAGGGAGAGCCAAGCCCCUUGCCCAGUCCAGGAUGGAGAACUUCCGAAAGGUGAGGACCUCGGAGGAGGAGAUGCCAUUGCCCUUCCCAGACCUGCCCCCGGACGUGGUGGAGAUGAAGGUGAAGGAGGGCAGCAAGAUCAGGAACCUGAUGAACUUCGCCAUGGCCCAGAUGGAGCUGAAGGGCAGGCGGCAGAUCGUGUUCAGUGGCUGCGGCAGGGCGGUCACCAAGACCAUCACCUGCGUGGAGAUCAUGAAGCGCAAGCUGGGAGGGCUCCACCAGGUCACCAAGGUACGCUACAAAACCGUGCUGGAGGUCUGGGAGAACCAGGACCCGCCGCCCGACGGUCCCGCACAGAACCUGACUGUCCACAAGAACGUCCCCUCCAUCUGCAUCCUGCUCUCCCGGGACCCCCUGGAUCCCAACCAGGCGGGGUACCAGCCCCCCGAGCCCCGGCAUGAGGCGGGAGAAGACACGUUGGGAUCCUCCACCAAGGGGCUGAAGCGGCCGCUGCCGCCUCCCUGCGAGGAGCUGCUGCCCAAGAAGAUGCAGGUACAGGUGUCUGACAGCCCCAGGGGCACGGGGACCACCGCUGGCCAGCAGGACCACUGACCCCAGUGCCUCCCACCCCACCAGCCAGGUAUCGAGGCAGGAAUAUCCACUCAUUCCGGGGUCACUGGUGGGCUGCAGGCUCCCCCUGACCUGUCCCCACUUGCUGCUCCAUGACCCCUGUGGAUGGGGAUCCCCAGGUUUGGUGUGAGGGUUAAACCCACCAUGGCUUGGUUAUGGAUUGAAGCAGAUGAGCAUGUGGGGGGGGAGCUGGUGACCUGUAAUUCAGCCACCCAGGGACACCGUGACCAGCAGCCACAUUCUGCAGCGACUCCCAGGGAGCCAGAGCAGCUGAGGGAUGCCCGGACCAGCACCAGCGCUCCCCACUGCAACGCCUCAUCCAUCAGGAGACAUGGGUUUGCCCCAAGCUUGUUGGAAUAAAACCUUCAUUAUGAAACCUG